ACAAAUUACAGAAUACAGCAUUGAACAGGAUAACAAAAUUAUAACGGAUUUAUAAUAUAUAAGAAGAAUGUGACAUGGAGACCUGGCAAGAGGACAGACUACAUAUACACACAGCGGAGACUCACAUCACAUCAUUCACAUACACAGGAGAAGAGAUGAGAAAAUACAUUAUUCACACAGGAGAUAGAGAAGAAUGAAGACAUUAUUCAGAGAGAGAGACAUGAGGUGAGGCUGAACUCCUACAGGAAGGGAGGUCAGAUCCAAAACCACAGGAAAUGGCACUGACAGCCAGGGAAACAGAGCGGUUCCAGGAUGGGUGCUGGUCCAAUAGAUGCCUGAGAGACAAGAGAGGACAGGAUGAGAAAAUAGGGAGAGAGAGAGGGAGAGAAGAGAUAGGGACACACAGCUUUGAUGCUUGUGGAACAAACAAACAGAAGGUUAGAGAGAUGCAAUGGUUAUCGGACUCAAUAAUCUCAUCAGUAGGACAGCGCUUAUAAAAAAUGUAAUUUAUUGCGACAGAAACCGACCUGCCGUGCAAUACAAGGUCAUGAAGUACUCAAUUAAAGGCAACUAAUUGAAGGUUAAGGCAAAAAGAAGUUUAGAUUUAAAGGACCCAAUAGACUUGGAUUGUCUGAUGUCAGCAGGGAGAUUAUUCCAUAAGAACCGGGCCUGACAGGAAAAGGCCCUGCCGCCUGCUGACUUCAUUUUAACUUUAGGUACACACAAGAGCCCUGCAUUUUGAGAGUGGAGAGCUUGAGAUGGAAUAUGAUGUUUAAAGAGAUCAGACAGGUAUGAUGAGGCCCAUUUAGGAUUUUAUAAGUCAGCAGAAGCACCUUAAAGUCUGAUCUAACAUGGAUAGGAAGCAAAUGAAGGGAGGCUAGAAAUGGUGUAAUAUGGUCACAUUUUCUUGUUUUAGUUAAGAUUCUAGCUGCAUGUAUUUUGAACCAUCUGGAGACUUUUAGUACCAGCAUGUGGCAGGCCUGAAAACUGGACAUCACAGUAAUCAAGUCUGGAUGAAACAAAUGUAUUAGAGUCUCUGCGUCAGCCAUGGACAGGGAAGACUGAAUUUUAGCUAUGUUGCAUAGGUGGAAAAAGGCUUGGUGAUUUCUUUGAUGUGCUUAUCAAAAGAGAGGCUGGGAUCAAACGUAACACCAAGAUUCUUGACUGCUACUUUGUGAAAUCAAAUAGAUGUCGAACGUUACUGUUUCUUGCUCAAAGUGGUGUCUGUGUCUAGUAGGGCCAACGACCAGCAUCUCAGUUUUAUCUGGGUUUAGAAGCAGGAAAUUUAGUGACAUCCAAUUUUUCACAGCAGCCAAGCAGGCCUCUAAUUUAAUAAUUUCAGUAUGAUCAUAUAGGCACAUACAGCUGAGUAUCAUCCACGUAGAAAUGGAAAUUUAUUCCAUGACUAGGUAUAAUUUGGCCAAGAGGCAAAAUAUAAAGAGAGAAAAGCAGAGGCCCAAGAACUGAGCCCUGAGGUACUCCAUAUUUAACAUCAGAGAAUUUAGAUAUAAUAUUAUUAUAGCAGACACACUGUGUUCUUUCAGAUAAGCAGGGCUAAUGCCAAGAGAGGGCGAGGCCAGAGACACCAAAAUUACAAAUUAGUCUAAUAGUAUACAGUGAUUAAUGGUGUCAAAAGCUGCACUGAGAUCCAGUAAAAGAAGCACAAAGGUGGAAUCUGAAUCCAUAGUGAGUAGAAGAUCAUUUACAGAGCAGUUUCAGUUGGGUAUACGUCAGGAUCAGAACAGUGCAGCAGUCAGACCCUCCCUCUCUGCUUGGUGACUGUGGACGUCCAGCAGGUGUCACUGCUAGCAGCCUGGUAAAUGCCUGCCUGACAGCAGCAACACAGAGUGGGUGUCUGCCUGUCACCCAAGGGCCCGGUGUCAACAGCAGAGGGAAGAAGAAGAAGAGACGUAGAGGAGGAAACCAGAAAGUUACACUGCUGCAGACAUGGACCUGCGGUCUGAGCUGCUCAAGUCCAUCUGGUACGGUUUCACAGCCCUGGAUCUGGAGAAGAGCGGUAAGGUGUCCAAGUCUCAGCUCAAGGUAUUGUCCCACAACCUGUGCACAGUCUUGAGUAUCCCACAUGACCCAGUGGCUUUGGAGGAGCACUUCAGGGAUGAUGAUGAUGGCCCAGUCUCCAGUCAGGGUUAUAUGCCUUACCUCAACAAAUAUAUCCUGGAUAAGGUUGUGGAGGGUUCUUUCAUUAAGGAACACGUAGACGAGCUCUGCUGGACUCUUACAGCAAAGAAAAACUACCAGACAGACAAAAACAGCAGCACUGUUCUGCCUGAGAGGGAUGCUUUUCGGCUUUGGUGCCUUUUUAAUUUUCUGUCUGAGGACAAGUACCCUUUGGUUAUGGUCCCUGACGAGGUGGAGUACCUUCUCAAGAAGAUAUGUAUGGCUAUGAGUAUUGAGUUCAACUGUGUUGAAUUAGAGGAUUUCUUCUCCCAAGACUUGGUGCAGCAGAGCGGAAUUACUGUUUGGGUUUUUCUGGGGAUGAUGAACUCAGGGAAGAUAACCAGAGGAAUUGAUAAGAGCAUAAUCAGCAUGGCUAUAGAGGAAGUAUACAGGGAGAUAGUUGGUGAUGUCCUCAAAGAGGGUUAUCUGUGGAAAAAAGGCCAGCUGAGGAGAAACUGGAAGGAACGCUGGUUCACUUUAAGGCCGAGCAACUUGUCCUACUACACCGGGGAGGACCGUAAGGAUUGCCAGGGCAACAUAGUUCUGGAUGGGAACUGCUGUGUGGAGGAAGUAGGCGAUGAUCAGAUAUUGUUUGGUCGUUCAAAAUGGAUCAAAAACGUCCUAUUUCCAGUGCUGCCAGACCGAGAUGGGAAGAGGUGCAUGUUUUGUCUGAAAACCCUCACCAAGACUUAUGAGAUGAGUGCCUCAGACACCAAACAGAGACAAGAAUGGACUACAGCCAUCCAGACAGCCAUCAGGCUGCACGUGGAGGGGAAAACGUCUCUCCACAAAGAUCUGAAGCUGAAGCGGCGUGAACAGCGGGAGCAGCGGGAGAAGAGACAACAGUCCAAGGAGGAGGAGCUACAAAGGCUGCGGGCCCUGCAGGAGGAACGGGAGCGUAAACUGGCGGAGCUGGAGCUCCUGAAGGAGGCGCAGAAGCAGGCUCAGGCACUCCUGGAGCAGGACGAGCAGAGGAGGCGCCAGCAGCACGAGCAACUCCAGCAGGCCCUGGAGGUCCAGCUUCGUGAGGCUGAGGAGGCUCGGGUCAGCAUGCAGGCAGAGAUGGCUCUGAAAGAGGAGGAGGCAGAGAAGCAGAGGAAGAGGAUCCAUGAGCUGGAGGAGAUGCAGAAGCGUCUGGAGGAGGCACUGCAGCAGGAGAUCAAAGCCAGGCUGGAUGAGGAGGCCUUCCGCUACGAUCAAGCAAGGUUACUGGCAGAGGAGGAGGAGAAAAUGAAGGCCCUGAUGGCCCUGCAGGAGGAACAGGAGGAGUACAUCCUCAAGACAGAAAGGGAGAAGCAGGAGCUGAAACAGGAAAUGGAGUCCAAGUCCCGGUCCCUGGAUGAGGCGCAGAGGCAGCUGGAGGAGGUCCGCGCCAACCGGCACAGGGUUGACCAGGAUGUCGUGGCUGCCCAGAGGAAACUCCGCCAAGCGAGCACCAACGUCAAACACUGGAACGUCCAGAUGAACAGACUGAUGCGACCAAUCGGACCUGGCGAGAAAAGACCAUCGUUGGGAAGCUCCUUCUCAUCUUUCCAGAUCCCGACGCAGAGAGACCCCGGUCUGCGCCUCAGGAGGAGAUCAGGAUCAGAGGAUCAGGACGAGGAGAGCAAAGAAAAUGUUGAGAGCAGAGCUGGAUGUGAUUUAGAGAAACGUCACUCUCAUGCCUCAAACGGAGACAUGGACAUCCCCUAAAAAUACAAAUCACGGAGGCUCCUGGUCCCUCUCUUAGGUGUUGACAGGAAGGGCAAGAGACGACUGUGACAACUGAAAGGUGUGAACAGUAUGAAACAGUGGGACAUCUACAGCUAAAACUGAAUUUACAGUACUACCACGUUCAUUAAAUGUUGGAUUUACUGACCUCAUUUCACUGAGAGCAACAGUUUUAAAACAUUUUAAUGAGAAGCUGCAUUUGCAGUAUUAACUGUUCAACUAAUGCUUUGACUGCUGUCUGUGUGAGGCCUGUUCUGGACUUAAAUGAUACCUCAGUGUAUAGAAAAUGAGCUGUAAGUAACAUCCUGCAAGUAUAAAGGUAGUUGUAAUGUUUAAAAGCUAAUACAUACACACAUGAGGGAAGCUCAUGUGUCAUAUAGACUUAUAAUAGUUAAUUUUUAUAUAUGUAUUUUUUGGUGGGGUGGGGGGUGUUUUGACUUUUUGAUGUAAAAAGUUGGUUCAGUAUUAAGAGUUUACCGCAAAGUCAGUCAAAGAGUUUCUCCUGACAACAACAGGAAAGAGAGACAGAGAGGCGGAGAGAAAGAAACUCUCAUACACUUCCUGUUUCUACCGUCAGUUAACGUAAUUGUAAAUAAAAAGAGUGAGUUGAUGCCUUAA